AUGGUGGAGCAAGCCGACGACGCGCCGCUCCUCUUCUGGGCCGAGGGCCCGGCCGUCUCCUUGCCCGAGCCCGGCGAGCCCGGCGGCUGGGGGGUCUCUUGCGCUUCUUCGGCAUGGGGAAGCGGCGGCGGCGGCGGCCCCGGGGGGCGCCCCCAAGAGCAGCAGCAGCAGCAGAAACCCGAGCAGGUGGAGGAAGAUCAGAUCAUAGCCGUGUUCGUGGUCACCUUCGAUUCCCGCACCGGUAACAUGGUUGAAUGGUGUUUGCCACAAGAUAUUGAUCUGGAAGGCGUCGAGUUCAAGUCUAUGGCCAGCGGAUCCCAUAAAAUCCAAUCAGAUUUCAUUUAUUUCCGGAAAGGGCUUUGCUUCGGCCUGGCCUGUUUCGCCAACAUGCCGGUUGAGAGCGAGUUAGAGCGUGGUGCCCGCAUGAAGUCUGUGGGGAUUCUCUCCCCUUCCUAUACCCUGUUAUAUAGAUACAUGCACUUCCUGGAGAACCAGGUCAGGCACCAGCUGGAGAUGCCAGGGCAUUAUUCCCAUCUGGAAGCGUUUUAUGACGACAAGAAAGGGGUCCUCCCGGCUGGUGCUUCUGCUGCUCAGCAACCCAUCCAUUGGCUGCCUUCCAUCCACAGAUAUAUGUACCCGGAGAUGAAGAUCACACACCCCGCAGGCUGUAUGUCUCAGUUCAUCAAGUUCUUUGGGGAGCAGAUCCUUACUCUCUGGAAAUUCGCCUUGCUUCGCAAACGCAUUUUGAUAUUUUCUCCGCCUCCCGUCGGUGUGGUCUGCUACAGAGUUUAUUGCUGCUGCUGCCUUGCCAAUGUCUCCUUGCCUGGGAUUGGUGGGACUGUCCCCGACUCUAAGCCUUUCUUCUACGUCAACGUGGCUGACAUUGAAAUGCUGGAGACGGAAAUGUCGUAUGUGGCCUGCACGACAGAGAAAAUCUUUGAGGAGAAGCGGGAUCUCUACGAUGUCUACGUGGAUAACCAGAACGUGAAGACGCACCGUGAGCAUCUGCAGCCACUCCUGAAGAUUAACAGUGCAGACAAAGAGAAGUACCGGCGGCUUAAUGAUCAGAGACAGAUGCUGAUGUACUCCCAGGAAGUGGAUGGGGACUGUAGUUCUUGCGAAGAGGACCUCUUCAUCCUGUUCUUCAUGGAGCAGAACAACCGGAUAUUUCAGACCCUGAUGGAGGUGUCGGCCAGCCAGGAUAAGACCUUGACAGCUGACCACGCCCGGGGAAUGGGCUUGGACCCCCAAGGCGACCGUAGCUUCCUCAUGGACCUACUGGAAGUCUACGGCAUUGACGUCAUGCUGGUCAUUGAUAACCCUUGUUGUACUUAGAGCGGAGGGCGCCAGAAGGGCGAGAGACGGAGAACGCACGAGCGUGAGGAGAUGGCAGCGACUUCUUACAGACUGCGGGAUGCAGGAAGGGCAGCCUUGCCGGAACCCGCCACAACUCGCAGCGUGAAGGAUUGCCUUUUAUUUAAGAGAACUCUCUACAGAAAGUGUUAUUUAUAUAUCUAUAUUUCCUAUUAAUUAUCAUUUUCAGGUAUACCUUAACCAAGGUGUGAUUUUCUCUCAUCCAGCAUAGACUGUCCAACCAUCCCUUCCCUCUCUUUGAGUUCCGUGAAAACCCAUGGCCCUUGCUCCGCACCCCGCUCCGAAACAACCCGGCACAAGCUCCUUUUGAGAGCUCAGAUCUGGUGGCCGGGAGUUUGGGUGGUUGGGAAAAGCACUUUACUCUCUUGGGGACCAACGCAAAAAUUUUAUGCUGCUUUGAGCCUCCAUGACUCAGCUGCUGUGGACGCCCUUCCUGAUGGAGCAGUAGCAGUCCCCUGAGACUUUUAAAUUCUCCUGUGACAUUCCUGUCCCUUAUCUUCUGCAUGUCCAGAUACUUGAGUUCUGCCUGUUCUUUCCUGCUGAAUUAUGGCCAACCUGCAAGGUUAGGCUUUUGCUGUGGCACCUGGGGUGUGGGUUAUAGGGGGCAGAUUUUUCUCCUAUGUUGAUUGCUUCAAAAGCAAUAGGAAUUGACGACCCCCCCUUCUUUUCUUGACUAAUAUGGUGAGUCUUUUUUAUUUAUUUAUUUUUCUAGCUUGGUCACUGUUUGGCAGCUCCCACUUGGAGGGAUGGCCUCUUGCUGGUCCAUGCAGGCUUGUGCUUAACCUUGCAAUCGCCCUCUCAUUGAAGGGGAAGGUCCCAGCUCAAGUGAUCCCCACCUGAAACCAGUACAGUUGAACUCACCUCCUCCGCUGCUUUGCAGAAUCUGUCAGUGCAAUUUACAGCUCUAGAACUGAUGCAUUUCAGUCUUUGGGUUGUUUCUGCUUGAAUCUAGCUCUGCUGGCCAUGUGCCUUCACCUACCAUCUCGGUAGCUGUUCUUGUGCAUUGCUGCUUGGAGAAUUGGCUCCUCCUGGAUGACCAUUCUGCUACACAGGAACAGUCUUUCCCAACCCAGCACCCUCUAGGCAUGUUGGACUACAACUCCCAUUGCCCCCAAUUGAGGGCAAUGAGACUUGCAGUCCAACACAUCUGGAGGGUAGCAAGUUGGGGAAAGCUAUGCGAGAAGGCAUCCAGGCUUCUAACUGGACCUGGUUCAAUCUCCAUGGAUCUCCACUGGAGUGGCAGUGGUGAGAUUAUAUUGAAAAUGUAGGUGAAAGCAGUAACGGGGUGGUAAUCAAACUCCCGCUGGAAUUGUUUUGCUGUCGUACAGCAAGGAGAUAAAUCAUAUCUUUGAUAGUAUACGUUCCAUUAAACAUCCUUUACAGUGCUGGCAUAGCAGGGCUAGUUAGUUGCCUGGCUCCCUCCGUACUAUGCGAAAUACUGUAUUGUAUAAGCCUUCUAGAUCUAGGAUUUGGUGUAACGUGCAUCACAGACCGUGGGCAGUAAUGCACACAAAUGUGGGUUCUGCUUCCUUGUGGCUUCUUUGUGUAGCAGCUUCACUGCCUUGUGCCCAUGAUGAUGGGCAGCAUGAGGUAGCCUCGGGCCACCAUCAAGGGCACAUAAACACUGCUGAGAGCUCAGCCGGUUUCUGCAGCUCGUGGCUGAAGACGGGGCUUGUGCGGCUUUAUGGCUGCUUUGAAUCCAGUGCCUCUGAUCGUAGCAGAGGGAUGUAGAAUAGGCAACCAGCAAUCCCAGGUGCCUCUCUUCUCUACUGCCCCACCAGCUCUGAAUUUCAGCUGUUCUCUUCUACAGUUGAAGCUCUUUGAGCCCUUCCUGAAGUGAACAGCAGCUGUAUUGUAACAGCGGAGCUGCACCACAAGCAGAGAACCCCGCUGAAAGCCUCUGUUGACCUUCUGUGGGGCAAUUUUGAAGCAGGGAUGGAAAACAUGCGGCCCUCCGGAUGUUGUUGGACUACAACCCCUGUCAUGCCUGAACAUUUACCGUUGCCUGUGGCUGAUGAGAGUUGGAGUCCAAGGUUAUCUGAAGAGCCACAGGUCCCCCACCCCGGAUUUAAAAACUCCUUUGGGCACUGGGCUAGUGGGGGUGGGGGGGUGGGGAAUGAAUAGUGCUGGCCCUGAUGCCCUUGCUCAAUUCAAAAUAUAUCUCCAAUUAGUCACCAACCAGUCUUUUUUCUGCAAACUCUUGAGACUGCACAGUUUUGCUGCUUUUUCAGAUUGUGGGUGUUGAUCUCAGCUGCUCUAGCGGGAGAACCACUCUUUGCCUAGUAGAGUGGUGGAGCUGGAUUUAACUGGAGUAAGAAACAGGCUCCAUGUCUGUGAGCCUUUCCUGGUACCUGUUUCUUUGGCCAGUCAUACCUCUCUGAAUACCAGGUGUUAACCGUGGUCUUUGCAAGAAAAUGUCUCCUCCGUGUUUUGCUUUGUAGUGCUUUGAAUAGUCAUCUUCUCCCAAACGUUUGCUGUCUUGCCCUAAUUUGUUGCAGGGAGUACCUGGCGCCUUUUUGUUUUUCUUUUAAAAACACACAAAUGAACAUAAUAUAUUAAUAGCAGGAUGGAUGGAUGCAACCCUGUUUGUGGGCCAUAACUAUAGUGAUAGCAUCCAUCCUCUUCUGUAUGGAAGAGAGACCUUCCUUCUUUGUCUUAACCCUUUCCUCCUACCUCAUAUUUCGGCAGCCCGCAGACAGGAUUUUUCCUGUGCAAAGGACGAGUUAUUUUGUAUAGUGAAAUAAAAGAACUGAAAUGAUUUACAGCCGCUUUACCCCAUAAAUGACGCUGUUUUCCCCACACAUUGCUAAGCUGCAGCAGGGCAAUUGCUCUUAGAACAGGAAGCUUGGAGCUCAGUUGACAGACCGUCCAACAGAUCAUGAAGGGGAAGAGCCAGAAAGCCUCUGUUGUCUUUCUGCAUUUCUGUACUAUAUCUUUGCAUCAUUGUCCAUAAACCUGUAAUUAAUAGCUGUAAAUCUCUGAAACAGAAUAUGAUGCAAGGGGUAGAUGGAAGCUAUGAAGCAGACCUCUGGAGAAAAGUAGAAAUUAAGAAACUCACAACUUAAAACUUGUCCUGUUCCUUUUAAAAUUGGCCUGAUACAUAUUUAUCAGGUGAUGCUUUUUCACAUCAGUGUCCUGUCAUGCUAGGAAAAGCAUCACUGCUUGAUUUGUGCAUUGCAGCAGGGCCAGUUUUUUAAAAAAACUGGCAAGUGUAGGAGUGGUUUGAGUAUGAACUUUUAAAGCUGUCAGUGAAGUACUAUAUUAGGAUGACCAUAUGGAAAGGAGGACAAGGCUCCUGUAUCUUUAACAUUUGUAUAGAAAAGGGAAUUUAAGCAGGUUUCAUUUCUAUGCAUGCAGCACCUGGUGAAAUUCCCUCUUCACAACAGUUAAAAGCUGCAGGAGUCCUGCCCUCUUGACCAGAUACAAAAGAGGACAGGGCUCCUGCAGCUUUAACUGUUGUGACGAAGAAGGAAUUAUCACCAAGUGUUGCAUGCAUACAAAUGACACCUGCUGAAACUCUCCUUUCUGUACAAGUGUUAAAGAUAUAGGAGCUUUGUCCUCCCUUUCAUAUGGUCACCCUAACUAUAUCCUACUUACAAGGCCCCUUUGUAGUCCUGUUUAAUGGGGUGCAUAAGAGAAUCUUCCCCCAUCUUACAGGAUCGAUUUAUUUCCCUGGCUCCAAAGUCUGAGCAGCUUUGUAAGGACAUGAAUACUUUAUAAUCUUUCCCCACUUAUAGAAAAGUGUGUGUGUGUGUGGCAGGGGAAGAAUUAAUUCUUCUAAUAUUUUCUUGCUAGGAAACAGAGUUAAGAUCACAACAGGAAAGCAGAAAAGCCUUGAAACUGGAGAGAGAAAGAUGCUUAAAAAUCAAGAGGGAAAACAUGUAUUGCAAGAUUAUCAUAAUGGUGAGGCGCCCUGCUUGGAAACACCUCACUUUCACAGUGAAGCUGGAAUACUUUGCCUUGAAACUGCCUUUCUUAUUGGAGUCCUAUCUAAACAAGCACCUAUGGUGGUACAACAUAUACAGCUACAGCAGAGGGCCUUUUGUAGCAAAGUGAUAUGCUUCUGCCAAAUUAACAACCACUCUAAGCUGUAUACCUAAAAGAAAAAGGCAUCUUUGCUUGUUUGGCAUAAUUUUCCACUCUUGAGAGGGAGGGGCAAAGAGGUCUGCAUUGGACGCGUGCCCUGCCCACCGGGAUCCCUGCUCUGUCCCCUUCCCGCACUGACCAUUGAAAUUUCAUCAAACUGCUCACAGCCUCAAUUUGUAAACAGAAACCACUUUUUAACAGGGAUGGAGAUUUUCAGGCCUUUUCCAUCAGUGUUGCUUUAACAGGAGAAUCCAAAGCAAAAUUUGCUUUUUGUAGAAUUCUUGUCAUCUAACUUUCGGAGGCUGUAGAAGCCUCACAUUGGAAGAGCGUCACUUGAACAAGAUGUUUUGAAAAACUACAUUAGAUCCAAACUAAUGUGAAUAAGAAACUUUUAGAGAACACACACAUACUGUGUUUUGUAAAUCUCUUGUCUGUCCUCCCUUUGCAUAAGAGGGUAUUUCUCAUCUAUCUCUUCCUUCAUUCGGGUUCAGAAAGAGUACUUGCCCUGGGAUAAUCAGUGGGUAGUCGUUAACGUCCUUCAAAUGCACAAGAGCAUUUUAGUCUUCAAGAAUAGUGAAGGCUUGUGACCCAUUGCAGGCCCCAUACAAGACGAUUAUCUCAUCACAUGUCCAGUUUCUAUCUCCUUUGCGCCUCUAUCAGCUGCUCCCCUCUCAGAGAAAGUAGCAUGAGAUAAACUUCAUACUCCCAAGAUGGCAAUUGAUAAUUGCAAUUUUGCAGCAUUCAAUAUACAUGCAUAGAACACCCAUUGAAAGUUCAAAUUUGAUAAGCUUUCUUCUUAUCAAGUUUAAGAUGCAACUUUAAGCCUUUGUGCUGUGACAACCGAAGAGAGUAUCACUUAUAGGAUCACGUUGCCUGGUAAAGGUUAAUGGGAUCCAAAUUCUGUUUCUAGACUUGGGGAGAAACUUUCUUCGACAUAGUUUGAAACCCCCUCUGUUGGAUCAAUAUUGCCUGCUUUUUGUCUUGUACUUCCUUAAAAAACACUAAAAAGAUAUAAAAAAAUUUCUCAGCUCAGCUUCCUUGUAACUUAAAAAAAGGAGUUAAAAUGUAUGUCCAGUACUGAUAUACUGAAAUCUUUAAGUGCUCCAGUACAUUGCAGAACCACGAGUUCUUCUUGUGUAGUGGUGGCUGUGUAACCUUCACUAUCAUACAGGAGUGCAAAUGGAAGGUACAAGUGGGCCCCUGCAACAAAUGAUGCUGUGUGGAGUGUGCUCCUAAUUCAGAGUUCCAGGCAGGCAGGCCCUCUUCCAGGAUAUUCCAUUCCAUUCCCCCUUCCCCCACUAGUCAACAUUCCGUGCCCACUGAGGACGCUCAGUACACAGCAGGCUAUUUCUUCCCACCCCUGAAGUCUGCUGAUACCUCCCUCUUCGUUGUGGAUGGUGAUGUUUUAGCUAAAUAAGGAUCAGCAUUUGGGAAACUGAGUUUGCUAGUCAAAUGUAUGAUGUGUUAAUCAGCGACACUCCCCCUCCUUUACAGUAUGCAGCGUGCAAAUCCACUAUAUCAGUGCUAAUGAAGGAGAAAUUACUAAAGUGUUCAACAUGCAACACACACAUUGCCUUGCUUAUGAGAGUGUUUUCUAAGUAUUUCUCCAGCCCCUCUCUUAAAAGCAGAAUGGAAAAUACUUCUUUAUAAAAUGCAAUAGCCUUUUUAAAAGUGCUCUAUAUGUCUAUCGGGGAUGUCACAUUGGCACUGCUCUGUCCCUUUUCUUUAAUAUCUGUCAGAGGCAACUCUAGCAUCAGCACUCCACAGUGUAGCGAAUUUUUUAUCCAAGCACAGUUCAUACCGCUGGACAGUUCACACAGACAUAUGGAUCGUUUGAGGUAGUGGCAGCUGAAUGUGUGAACACACUUUUGAAAAUGUGUAUUCUGUGAUAUCUAGCAAUAUGAAAACAUGGUCUGUGAAGGCCCCCUUCAUCAUGUAUGUAAGUCAAAUGCUGAACAUAUAUCGGUGAACCAAGCCAAAAUAUCUACUGUAAGUAAUAGCUUGAGCUGUUGCCAUCUAUGAAAAAUAGCUUAGCUUUGAUACAGACUGAGCCACAUAAGCUUUUUACACACAUGCGCGUGCACAUCUUCAAGCCAGCUGUUUACGCUAGAGAAAGGGCAUCCGUUACCAUAGCGGGGAGUGACCAAAGCAGAGCUGCGAUUGGACCUCCUGACACUCCCUAACAAAACGUAAAAAGAAUUUGCUGCUUCUCCGAGUUUGGAUGCAGGUAACAGCACCACAGGAGAGGACUAACCUUUCUCUUUGUGCCUAGUUUCCCUGAUGAAAAUCUACCCCUACUUGCUGAAGUUGCUAUUCGUUCCACUGGGGGUGAAAGACAGGUACCUGCUCCUCUCCCUGAGUGGGGCUAAUGGGCUGGGACGGUGGGAGAAAUCUGGAUUGGGGGGGGGUGUGCUGCGAUCUCUCUUCUCGCACACUGUUGCCCUAAUUCAAUUUGGGUCCACCAAUAGCUAGGUAAGUUUCAAAAGACAGGAGAGCAAAUCAUAGAUCUCCUACAUAAUGUGCAGGUCAGGCCUAAAGCUAUUAGACUGGAACGAUUUCUUGUAAGAGGGCAUACUAACUGAAUAUACUUUUGAGUGUCACUGAGAGCCCUUUCUCUCUUCCCACAAUUAAGAGAAAAUAUAUAUCUUGUUGCAUAAUGGUUGUGACAUUCCUCAACAGUUGAUGCUGCAGAGUUUUCAGCUGACUUGAAGAGUAUAUCGAUAUCAUUUUGAGGUGGCCACAAGGGCACCACGGGCUGUGAUAAUUCUAACAUCUCACAAGUGAAUAUGCUUUGACUGGCAGCUAGCCUCUUCUCACCAUGUUGUAGCAGUAUAAAUUGUACUAGUGGCUUUCUUCAUUUCUCACCAAGAGGGAAAUCACUAAGUUUGUGAAAUGGCACUGCUUAUGUGAAGCUCAAGAGGGACUUGUGUACAUACUAUAAUGGUCUUUUUUUACUCUAUUAAAAUUCACUUUU